AUCGUUUGCUACUUUGAGAGCGAUGAGAUUGCCCAUACAUCUGAGGUAAAAUGAACGGGUGAAAUAGGGGUUACCAAGAUGGCGGACUUUAUUGGACAAGAACGCGUUAUAUGUCAUGGCUCUAUGGUGGAGGGGACACAGGUGCCCCUGAAGAAAGGUGGAUCUACGUUAGAAUUCAAAUCCAAGAAUCUGGGAUAUUACGCCCUCAAGUGUCUGGGCGAGAGAAUGUACAUCUUGUGCCGUUACAAGAGUUUCAACAAGUUCUCCAGUGGCAAAGAGCCUUUGAGCACCUAUACAUUCGUCGGAACGAUGAAGGUCCACCGCAUCAUUAUGGGUCAGGGUAACACCAAGUACUUCGACACCGUCCUCAUCGUCAUCCACGAUGGAUAUCCGUUUUAUUUCAAACCACUAAGCCAGAAGGUAAAAAGGUGGCGAGAAGCGUUUAUGUUCGUAGCCAGCGUUCUUCAAACACGCAAACCAGGAGGCUCCAAUCGUUCGAGUUCAGAGUCUGAUGGGCCAUCUUCCCCUGAGAGACACUGUUCCCCUUCGCACUCCUUGGACGACAAGCGGAAAAGUUUCCAGACAACAUCGUAUUCGGCCGAUGACCAGGAAGAUGUAACCCCUUCCCAUCUGCUUCCCGAUGUCAUUGAUGUCGGAGGAGACGCUGAUUUUGCUGAUAAAGGAGCACCAGACGAGGAAUAUGAGAAGCCAAGGGAAGUGAGGCCAACACGAAAGAGCAUUUAUAGAAAAGGUAAAGGUGGAAACUAUGUAACCGUGGAAGUUAAUAUUGACGAAGAACCUGGAAAAAGCAAACCUGAAGCCGAUGUAGCAGAAGAAAACCCUCAUCGGGUACUUAGUAGACAGAGAAGCCGGUCUAACGAGGACGUGUCUUCAUUAAGAUUUGAUCAGCUACAUGUAGGAACUGGGUACCCUGCCAAGACACCAUCGGCUACGUUAGGUCCGGGGUUCAUGCAACAUCGAAUGCAGCGUCCUGGGAUUAACAUGCCCCGAACACAAUCAGCUGCAGUUAUUGGCUCACGCUUUUCACCACGAUCCCACCAAAUCCGCAAACCACGUACCCACCUCUAUGAAAGGAUAGAAUCAGACAGUGACGAUGGUGAGGACGCGUUCACAAGCGAGUGCCAGCAUCUUGUAAGUGUUAUUGAGAGUGAAAAGGAACGGGACAGAGUUGUCGUUGAAUUGAGAAAAGAUUGCGUAUCUGAAGGACUUGUCUUUGUUGAAAUCGACUCAAGCAUUUACAUUGCCACAUGGAAGAAAUCCCUAGCAUUAGAUGGUAGGUUUCAAGAGAAUCUCCACAUAGGUGAUUGUCUCCUUCAGGUUAACGAUCAACAAGCUAUAAACCUGGCAGUCAUACAAAGCGUCAUUGAGUCAUCGUCUACAGCAAUGGUAAAACUCUGGCUAAGACGAUUGCCUCAUGCUACGGUCGUCUACCUUACGAGGAACGCAAACAAUCCGUGGGGCUUCGAAACUGUGAAGAAUCAGAUAACCGAGGUCUACGAGGGAGCAGGACUUUCCAAGUACAUCGACAAGUCUUCGAAGACAAAGUGGAUUAUCACAGAACUGAACCAUCAACCAGUCAGCAUUCAAUCGUGUGGUAAAGAUGAGGUAAAACACCUGAUCACGGCUUCUCAAACAGAACUCGCACUGGUACUACAACCGAAGGAUUUCAUUGAUAAACUCUCGAAAAAGCUGCAGAAGUCCUCAAUAAAAAAAAAGCGAAUGGUUGAAUACAUUGUUUGAAGACAGUUUUUUAUGCGCAUGACGAGGGUUUAGUUAGAGAUUACCAUGGCAAUAAGAUAAUGAAAUGACGAGUUUCGACAUUACUCAUUAUGUGUGCACCUUGCUAUUUGGGGACAACUACAGUAGAUGACAUGCCGAGUUUUCAUAGAUAUUGUAGCUGAGGCUUAAAACAACUAGCCUGCGUUGAUACAGCUGGUCGGAUAUGUAGUCGUACCAUUGCAGGCCAAUAACCUUCGUUGUUUAUAAAAACAUUAAGAACAUUGAGAUCCUUGUAAGAAGUGAGAUGUUGUCAAGUAACACAAAGUGUAAUAAGAGGUUUUGGAGAGAUUGGAAGCUCAUGGGUUGACUAGGAUCUGAAAUCGACGAAAUACGAGCGAUUGAUUUUAAAUCGGCACUCACGGUGAACUCUACAUAAGAACAAAAUGUGAAUGUUAUUGACGAUGUUGACUGGAUGAGGAGGAUUGUUGCAAUGACAAAGAAUGGCCGUGCUGACAGGUCGAAUCUCAUUAUGCAUUAUGUACAAAGAGCUGCUUCAUAACUUCAUUGGAGGCCGUCAUAGCAUCAAAUUGUUUUAUAUAUAUAUUUUCGACAAUAUUGGUGUUAAGAACAAACUCGAGACCACAUAUUAACCGUCCAGGUCUUGGACGUGAUCUAGGUCUGUAAUACGCAGUACAAAGACAAGAUGAGAUUAUUUCAUCCGCUGCAUCGAUCUGCCGGUCUUGAUUCGACCACUGAUUAUCAAGACUCGAUUUGUUGAAUAUAGAUGCUUUCAAAUAUUCUUCUAUGAUAAUUAUGUUCGGGUUUUUUUGUGUGUGUACACAUCGUGUUAACUGCAUGGCCAUGGGAUUUAAUAAGUUAUGAAAAAAUAUAUUCUGAAAGAAAUUUGUCGACGUGCUGAUGUACACAUUCUGCAUUAUGUCCAUCCAUUACUCUAUUUGUAAUGCCAUUUUUUGCUGUUCUUAUUUAUUUUCAUGUACUAUAAUGUUUUUAUUCAAGUUACAAUACCAAUUGUAAUCAUAAUCCUGCAGAGGAAUGACCCAUUCACAGGAGUCUCAAAAUCUUUUUGGGAAGAAAAUGAUAGUCUUUACAAUAAAUUUUCGUCUCAGGUAUACAUCCGUGCUUACCUCGAUGUUACACACAACAUGUAGACUGGGAUUCAUGUAUACCUUAUUGAAUGUGUCUUCUUGAUCUCAAAUUUAGUUUUCAAAGUUUUAUAAAAUAGGAAAUAGAUAUCGUUAAAAACCAUUGGUAUAUUAUCAAGAAUCAUGACGUCUUGUUGAAUAAUGUAAUGAUAAGCUUGUUUAGUGCCGUUGACGUGGAUAUAAUUAUGGGAAACUUUUAAAGUAUUUAUUCAAAGCCCGAAUGAAUUUUGAUUGUACAUACUGGGUAUGGUUAGUAAUUUGCAGGGGUGUGGGACACCGUUUUCCAGAUGAGGAACGUAUAAGAAGCAUUUUCCUCCACACCAUUAUACCCCAAAUUUUUUAAUAAAGUUAAAACCUGCUGAUAUAGUUUUAUAUGAUAGAUGUGGAAAUUAAUCUUAAAAAUAAUAUUUUGUUAUGUACUCGGGGUAGACACUUCAGCUCGUAUGAACUGUUCUUGCAGCGAGGUCUGUAUACCAUGUUAAUGUUACCUACAAUCCGUCCGAAUAGAAUACUGUCUCAAAUGGCAAACAAACCAGCGGCCCCACCUAAAAUCCUCAACUACACAUAUAUCUGACGAGGUUCAUUUCCCAUAAUGCAUUAUUCUGAGCUGUUGAAGUCUUGAUAUAUAGGCCCACUUGAAUGAUAAGACACUAUUGCAGUACUCAAUACUUUAAAAUCGCAACAAUUAUGUUACCGAGUAUCGAAACAAUUACUUUUCCUCACAAAAUAUUUUAGUUUCUCGACACAACAAAAUCAAAGGUUGAUUUUAUUGAUCUUUUCGACUAAUAGCUAUCUCAAAAUGUAUAUCUUAAGACUAGAAAAUAGAAAACAAUAAAAAUGGUACAUACAAUGUUUGUCAGUUCCCCCCCCCCCCCUUCAAAAUAAUAGAGAAGUGAGAAGAUUUUUUGCAUUAGUAUUCUGGAUAUCGUAUUGAUAAUGUGUCAAAUACGUUUGUGUCAUAAUUAUAUGUUGUAGUUCAUAUCGAACUCAUCUCUGUAUCAAUAAUACUAUUUAUCAGUAAAUGUUUUUAAUAAAAACUGCUUGAUGAAAA